CUCAGAUACCACUCAGCAGCGAAGUGAGUUUCGCCACACAUUUAGUAAAAUCUCGAACUAUACUGACCGGACAAAAACAGCUGGAUCAUGAUCUUGGCGUGGUUUGUGGGUUGUGUUUUCCUUUCAGAUGUAUCACUUGGUAAUGUGUUGUUCAGACGAGACGACUUUGAGUUGCAAGUCAACCUGACAACAGUAGGAGAAACACAGGAGCAUGACGGAAGUGGACAUCCUUUCUGCGACUCGCAUCCUCGUUGUGAAGCUAAAAUGAGGACCUUCAUGAAGAGUUUCUCGGAACCGGAUUUCACAGCGCUCGCCAAUUCUGAUUUUCUAGAUACGUUUUGCGCAGAUGAUUACCUAGGAGAUGCGUGUACAGGUACCGAUGUGUGCAAAGACGUAUUCGCCACCAGACAUCCUAACCCAAUUGUAUUCCUCAGAAAUUACUUUUGUGACAACAGGCAAGUACUAGAAUCAUCAGUGAACUGUUGGGAACACGGUCCCAUGCGAGAGGCAACAGAUCGUUGUACGGGAUCAGAUUUUAGUACUUUCACAACAUGCAACGGAUUCUAUAAAUUUCGGGCAUGCAUUCCCGACUACAUCGCCACUCGGAUUCCUGGAUGUAGCGACGUUCAAGCGACAUUUGUUCGAGGAUUCGUCGACGUCAUCAUCGACCCACCUGAAGAGAUGUGCACAUUCAUGGAAAGCAUGCAUCGAAAUGAAUGAAAGCAUUUUAGUCUCGUCGAUCUGGUAGCCAUUGUAGCCCAUUUUCCGCCAAUAUGGCCAUUUCGUGAUCAGUAAAAAAGAAAAUAAACGUACAUUUGCCCAGAA